CACGGCAGGCAGAGCCUCAAGACUCUGCGCGGCGUCGCGGUGGGCGCGCUUGACUGACAGGCGGCGCGGUUGCGACGGCAGGUGCAGGCCUCCUCAGCAGCCCGUCACUGUCAACAGAGAAUGUCUGUGCUGGCCUUCUCCUGCAUGUGCCAUUGAGUCAGAUACACUGCUGUUGACACUUUGGCGACCUCUUCCAUCCUGCUUCCUGGGGGAGCCUGGGCCAGAAUGGGAGAUGCCAGAGACAUCUGCCCUCACCUUGACUCCAUAGGGGAGGUGACCAAAGAGGACUUGCUGCUUAAGUCUCAGGGAACCUGCCAGUCCUGUGGUGUUGCUGGACCUAACCUGUGGGCCUGUCUCCAGGUCACCUGCCCCUAUGUUGGCUGUGGAGAGUCCUUUGCUGACCACAGCACCAUUCAUGCACAGGUGAAAAAGCACAACCUGACUGUGAACCUGACCACGUUCCGGGUGUGGUGCUACGCCUGUGAGCGUGAAGUCUUCCUGGAACAGCGUCUGGCAGUCCACCUGUCCAGCUCCUCAGCCAAGCUCUCAGAGCAGGACUCCCCACCACCCUCCCACUCUCUGAGAGCCGUCCCUAUUGCUGUGGCUGACGAAGGAGAGUCUGAGUCUGAGGAUGAUGACCUGAAACCUCGAGGCCUCACGGGCAUGAAGAACCUGGGAAACUCCUGCUACAUGAAUGCUGCCCUGCAGGCCUUGUCCAAUUGCCCCCCACUCACUCAGUUCUUCCUGGAGUGUGGUGGCCUGGUACGCACAGACAAGAAGCCAGCCUUGUGCAAGAGUUACCAGAAGUUGAUCUCUGAGGUCUGGCACAAGAAACGGCCAAGCUAUGUGGUCCCCACCAGCCUGUCCCAUGGGAUCAAGUUGGUCAACCCGAUGUUCCGAGGCUAUGCCCAGCAGGACACCCAGGAGUUCCUUCGCUGCUUGAUGGACCAGCUUCAUGAAGAGCUCAAGGAGCCCAUGGUAGCUGCUGUGACAGCACUCACUGAUGCUCGGGACUCAGAUUCCAGUGACACAGAUGAGAGGCGUGACGGCGACCGGAGCCCAUCAGAGGACGAGUUUCUGUCCUGUGACUCCAGCAGUGACAGGGGUGAGGGUGACGGGCAAGGGCGUGGUGGAGGAAGCUCAAAGGCUGAGAUGGAGCUGCUGAUCCCAGAAGAGGCUGGCCGAGCCAUCUCUGAGAAGGAACGAAUGAAGGACCGUAAGUUCUCCUGGGGCCAGCAGCGCACCAACUCGGAGCAAGUGGAUGAGGAUGCUGAUGUGGACACGGCCAUGGCCUCCCUUGACAACCAAUCCAGCGAGGCUCAGCCACCAUCACCAAGGUCCACCAGCCCCUGUCGGACCCCAGAGCCAGACAACGAAGCCCACAUACGCAGCUCCUCUCGCCCCUGCAGCCCUGUGCACCACCACGAGGGCCACACCAAGCUGUCCAGCAGCCCUCCUCGUGCAAGCCCUGUGAGGAUGGGGCCAUCGUACGUGCUCAAGAAAGCCCAGGUGCCGAGUACUGGUGGCCGGAGGCGGAAGGAGCAAAGCUACCGCAGCGUGAUCUCAGACGUCUUCAAUGGCUCUGUCCUCAGUCUGGUGCAGUGUCUCACCUGUGACAGGGUAUCUACCACAGUGGAGACAUUCCAGGACCUGUCGUUGCCCAUCCCUGGCAAGGAAGACCUAGCCAAACUCCACUCUGCCAUCUACCAGAAUGCACCAGCCAAGCCAGGUGCCUGUGGGGACAGCUACUCCUCCCAGGGCUGGCUGGCCUUCAUCGUGGAGUAUAUCCGAAGGUUCGUGGUGUCCUGUACCCCCAGCUGGUUUUGGGGGCCUGUCGUCACACUGGAAGACUGCCUGGCUGCUUUCUUUGCUGCCGACGAGUUGAAGGGAGACAACAUGUACAGCUGUGAGCGGUGUAAGAAGCUGCGGAAUGGUGUGAAGUACUGUAAAGUCCUGUGCCUGCCUGAGAUUCUGUGUGUCCACCUGAAGCGCUUCCGGCAUGAGGUAAUGUACUCCUUCAAAGUCAGCAGCCAUGUCUCCUUCCCCCUUGAGGGACUCGACCUCCGCCCUUUCCUGGCCAAGGAGUGCACUUCUCAGGUCACCACCUAUGACCUUCUCUCUGUCAUUUGUCACCAUGGCACAGCAGGCAGUGGGCACUACAUCGCCUACUGUCAGAAUGUGAUCAAUGGGCAGUGGUAUGAAUUCGAUGACCAGUAUGUCACCGAGGUCCAUGAGACGGUGGUACAGAAUGUGGAGGCCUACGUACUCUUCUACAGGAAGAGCAGUGAGGAGGCCAUGCGUGAGCGGCAGCAGGUGGUGUCUCUGGCUGCCAUGCGGGAGCCCAGCCUGCUCCGGUUCUAUGUGUCUCGAGAAUGGCUAAACAAAUUCAACACCUUUGCAGAGCCGGGGCCCAUCACCAACCACACCUUCCUGUGCUCGCAUGGAGGCAUCCCACCCAACAAAUACCACUACAUCGACGACCUGGUGGUGAUCCUGCCGCAGAGCGUCUGGGAGCACCUGUACGGCAGGUUCGGGGGCGGCCCUGCUGUGAACCAUCUGUACGUGUGCUCCAUCUGCCAGGUGGAGAUCGAGGCGCUGGCCAAGCGCAGGAGGAUGGAGAUUGACACUUUCAUCAAGCUGAACAAGGCCUUCCAAGCCGAGGAGUCUCCCAGCGUCAUUUACUGCAUCAGCAUGCACUGGUUCCGAGAGUGGGAGGCUUUCGUCAAAGGGAAGGACAGUGAGCCUCCCGGGCCCAUUGACAACAGCAGGAUUGCUCAGGUCAAAGGCAGCGGCCAUGUCCAGCUAAAGCAGGGGGCUGACUAUGGGCAGAUUUCUGAGGAGACCUGGACCUAUCUGAACAACCUGUAUGGGGGUGGCCCUGAGAUUGCCAUCCGGCAGAGUGUGGCCCAGCUCCCAGACCCAGAGAGCUUGCAUGGAGAGCAAAAGAUUGAGGCUGAGACCCGGGCUGUGUGACUUGGGCCAGGUUGAGUGGCUGUGGCUGACCCUACUCCCUCCCAGACAGCCCUGCAUCCCUCUGCAGACUGCAUCCUGCUGAGUGCCCACUGUCCCCGAAGGCUGGUAUCUGCCAUCCCCAGAGGGUGUGUCUGCCCUGCAGCUGAGCUGCUGUGUGCCUGGUGCAGAGACUAAGUGCGGCUGGGCCGUCCGCCGUGAGAGAUGCUGUGCCGGGAAAUAUAUUCUCAGACUUCUGAGGACUCCGACUGUCGUCGCCAUUUCCCCAGACUUGCCCUCUUGCUAGCUUGGGCCCAGCUUUUGUCCCAGGAGCUCCAUGCUGCCCCUCAGCCAAUGCUGUCCCCUGGGAUGAGACUGGGAGUGGCUGCCAUCUUUUGGGUAUUUUCUGCUGGGUACUUGGUCCAGCACCUUAGGGACUCACAGAGGUAGAUUUCCAUGCACAGGGGACAGAAUGGAUGUGAGGGGCUCUGCAUGACAGCCAUGUUGGUUACCAUAGCCUCCUGGAGGUCCAGGCUGCCCUGUGUUGGUUGUUGACUAUAGAUACAGGGCUCAUGUGGUUGGAGUGGAGAAAGGGCAACUUUUGCUUAUAGAGGACCUGCCACCUUGUCCUGCUGUGCCCACUGGCAGAAGGGUGUCAUUUGCCCUGUGGAGAGGCUCCUGAACCCCUGGGGGCGGGGUAGACAGAUACCUCAUGCACUGGUGCAGUGUUGGUUGCUUGCUCAGCUUCCUCUGUGGCCUAGAGUGACCCUGAUUCUCCUCUUCCUAUACCUCCCCCAGCCUUAGUGUCUAGGGCCACCACUGGGGAGAUGUGAUCUGUGGCCGCUCACACAGGCACUUGCCCAGAAGUUCCUGCAAGGCCACUGCAGAGGUACUGGGACCCCCUGAGCCUUGAGAGGCUGUCCUGUUGCUAGGGUCCUUGAGAAGUCUGGACAGAACAUCUAGGUAUGGGGUGGUGAGGGAUCCUGGGACCAAGAGGCCUCCACUCUGCAGAAGUGGGUGCCUGCAGCCCAGGCCUGGGCAUUUGGUGUCCCCUAGACCUGCUUCUUCCCACUGAGGUGGCAUGUGGACCCGUGGACAGCUACUGCUGGGGCUUGCCCCGUUGGCUGCCAUCUUUGGAAGUCUGCUGUCAAGCCCUUGGCUCAUUGCACUACUGUGAUGGUUUGUGUUCAGAAUGUCCCAAUAAAUAUGCAUUCCUCCCCUGCCCCUAGCUUGUCCUGUCGCGCUGAGCCGUUGGCCCCCAGUGGUGACUAACAUGAGCCAGAGGCCCCGUGGAAGCUCUGAGGAGGAGGCUGGAUCAUUUGAAAUACCAACUGUGUCUUUCCUUUCCUGGAACCUGCCAACCACAGGGGCCCAGCAGGGAUGUGUCUAGUGGCCAGCGUAUCCCUGCAAACCUCAGCAGUAGCCUGCACAGUAGCUACAGAGGCACAGAGCCUUCCCCAGGACCUCAGGCCUCUGGACCUUAAGCGGCAUGGUCGUCAUCCCUGUAGCUCUGGUCCCAUUUGCUUUAGUUUUCUGGGGAGGAUUUGAGAGUAUUGCUUUGGAAGCACUGAGCUCUGGACUUGGGAGGUGGCCCAGUGGUUGAGUGUGUUCUGGGGCCCAGAUUUAUUCUGUCCUGUGUGGAAGAGCAAACUGGCCACUGGCAUCCCAUAAUACCUGAAGGUUUAGGAGUGCUCGGAGUAGAAACAAGGGCUAAAACCUUCUCAAAGCCAGGGGUAGUGAUGUACUCUUCUAGUCCAGCAUUUGGAAGGUAGAGGUAGGAGGAUCUGGAGUUCAAGGUGAAUUGGAGGCUAACCUGGGCUACAGGACUCCAUCUCAGAACAAAUCCACCAAACAAGGAAAUGCAUAUAGGACUGGGAAUGUAUCUUACUGUUGGAAGAGUGUUUUAUCUAACACACAUGAAACCCUGGAUUGCAGUCCCUCCACUUAAUUCGGGCAUGGUGGAACCUGCUUGUAAUAGAAGCAGCCUAUAGCAGGUAGAGGCAAUAGGAUCAUCCUUGGCCGCAUCUUGAGUUGCAAGCCAGCCUGGACUCCGCGACUCCCUGCACCGUGCCUCUUCAACCCUCUGUUUACAAGUUGCUGUGUAUGUGUGUGGAGUGUUUCUAGAGAUGUUUCAGACACGCUCACUUCCGAGAGCUACAUACGUUUGAACCCAUAGUGCACAUAUGGGCAGCUUCCUAUGGAGGAGGAGUUCUGUCUGGAGUUAAUUCAGGGGCUUGGCAACAUUCAUUGCUUGUACUGCAGGACGCUGAGCUAGAAAUAGACCCUGGUUUGCCUCAAAACACUUGGGUAGUUCCCCUUGAAAUAAACGCCUAGCUCUUCAGCGGCUCC